AUGUCAACAAUCGAUAUUAAUAAACUAUGUACAUCAUUACAGUCAUCAAAGAUCAAAGAAAGAAACGACGCUCUCAAUUUAUUAGAGAUUCUAUCGGUAUCUAAAUUUAAAUUAUCCCUGAAACAAUUCAAAAUUUUACAACAAGCAAUCAUAAAAUUGAUUGAUUAUGAAUCACAAGUCUAUCACAAUAAUAAAUCAAACCCUGUUGAAGUUCGAUUAAGUAAAGCAUCAUAUUAUUUACGUUCCAUAACUGAGAAAUCUGCAGAAGAUACUAGGAUCAAUAUAAAAUAUAGGAAUUAUAUUGAUUUAUGUUUGGAGAUCAUUUCACGAUUUUAUGUAAAAGAUGAAUUAUUAGAUCCUUGUACAAUUGACUUUAUGAAAACCAUUGCCAUAAUCGUCAAUAUACGAUAUGUGAAAGAGCAUUUAUAUANAAGAUGA